AUGAAUAUAUUUGUUAACGACGCUGAUCCCUGGGCAGAUACUUCUCCAAGCCCUAAUAGGCAAAGCAAGAACAGCACAAACAACACCGUCAAUGAAGAGACUGAUACCAAUGGAUGGGCUGGUAGCAAUAACCCACAUACAGAUCCAAAUCCUAAUAUUGGACCAGCAAAUCUGAGCAGUACGUUUAAUAAUCUUUCCCUUACGGCAAAUUUAUCUGCUACUACAAAUUUAUUUGGAAACAGUACAGACAAUAUUCUAGAGGAAAGUGUCUGGUUAGAUGAAGGGGAUAAAACGGGUGCAACUUUACAAAAGAAUGAUAAUAACAAUGGCAUGAUUCCAAACAUACCUUCAGAUACCGCUGAUCCAAGUACAACUAAGACUGAAUACAAUACUUGGAUUAAGAAUAUAAGAGAGUCAUAUAAGCCCCUAAGCCCCGACAUUAUAACUAUUGAAGAAAUCCCUGAAAGGGAAGGUCUUCUGUUCAAGCAUAUUAACUACAAUGUCAGUUUACUUACAAAAUUACCAAAUGUUGAAUCUCCAAAGGAUGGUGCAGUUAUUAGAAGAUAUUCAGAUUUUGUAUGGCUACAAGAAAUCUUGAUCAAGAGAUAUCCAUUUAGGAUGAUUCCGGAGUUGCCACCAAAAAAGAUAGGUACAUCUUCAACAAAUCUUGAUCCUAUUUUCUUACAGAAAAGACUUAAUGGUUUAACCAGAUUCAUCAACUUAAUUAUGAAACAUCCUGUUUUGCAGCAAGAUGAUUUGGUUUUAACUUUUCUAACCGUACCAACAGACAUUUCUCAAUGGAGGAAACAAUUGAAGAGGAAUAUUGGUAACACUUUUAGUGUUGGUAGCUCUUCAAAUAGCAGCACUAGUUUAGAUGGAAAUUCUUUGUUAGACACUACUGAUGAAUUUACGGACAAAAAAAUAUCUUCGUACUUUAUUAAGAGCGUUUGGAGUCCUGAAAUUUCAACUAACUGGAAUAAGUUUGUCAAUUCGAUUGACGAUAUUAUAUUAACAUGGAAUAAAAUAGCAAUGGUGGUACAAAAGCAUGAAAUUAGCCUUAAAAGACAGAAAAUUAAUAAUAAUCAAAUAUUAUCUUCAUUGCUCUCGGAUUUUGUGAAAACAACUACUAUUAUGUAUCCAGAGUCACAAAAUUCCGAAACCAUACCUUUAAUAAAUGAUAAUUUGAAAAUGAUAAAUACCUCAUUAUCAGAAAUUAAUAAAAUUAACGAAAGUCACAUUGAAAAGGCAGAUACUGAUAUAAUUCCGAGAUUCAAGGUUUUUAUAGAUAUAUUAGUAUCAUUAAGAAAUUUAUUUGAAAGGUAUAAGAUAAUGGCUACUAACAAUAUUCCACAGUUAAGAAGGCAUAUCCAACUAAACUUCGAAAAGCUGAAAUCUAUGAAGGGUAAGCCGGAUAUAUCUGGCGCAGAAUAUGAUAAACUGAAAUAUAUGAUUGAAAAGGACAAGAGACACUUAGUCCAGCAAUUGAACAAAUCUUGGUUAAUCAGAGAAUGUAUAUUUUUUGAGUUCACAAUUUUCCAAGAGUCUCAAUAUUUGAUUUCAGUUGCAUUUAAGAAUUGGGUUACUUCAACUUCACAUUUUAUUGACUUUAAUAUGAACGAAUGGGAAAAACUUAAUAAUAUGAUAAGUGAUAUACCAACAUCUUGCUAA